AUGGAAAGACAAUGGGGAGGGCAUGGACCUGCUAAUGGAAGAUUCAAUAACCCAUGGGGAGUGGCUGUGGAUGAUUUAGGAACGAUUUAUGUUUGUGAUAAGGACAACCAUCGAGUCCAAAUGUUCGAUAAAAAUGGCGUCUUUGUCGGCAAGUUCGGCACCUAUGGAUCGGCUGACGGACAGCUCAACUGCCCCCUUUUUGUCGCUGUAUGCAGAAUUAAUCAUACUGUGUACAUCACCGAUUCUGGGAACCACCGCAUCAACACCUACGACAUGCAAGGCAAAUUCCUGUUUUCCUUUGGUCAGGAGGGAUUCCAGGGCGGCCAAUUCAAAUCGCCGCGCGGAAUUGCUAUCGACAACCAAGGAAGUGUUAUUGUUGUUGAUUCGGGCAAUAAUCGAGUCCAGGUAUUUACAACCGAAGGAGAUUUCUUGGCUUCAUUUGGAACCUGGGGAGCUGGAGCUGGGCAGUUGAAGGGAGCCGAAGACGUUUGUCUACUAAAUGAUUCGAUUGUUGUCAGCGACCGCGAAAAUCAUAGGAUUCAAAUUUUC